GCUGUGCGCCACUGUGACGAGCACAGAGGGUGGCUCCCCCCAAACCUCUUCAACUGCACAUCAGUCACCUUCUCAGAGCUGAAGGGCUUUGCUGAGCGGCUGCAGCGAAACGAGUCAGGCCUGGACUCGGGGCGCUCCCAGCGGCUGGCCCUGCUCCUGCGUAACGCUACCCAACACACGGCUGGCUACUUCGGCAGUGACGUCAAGGUGGCCUACCAGCUGGCCACUCGGCUACUGGCCCACGAGAGCACCCAGCGAGGCUUCGGGCUGUCCGCCACACAGGAUGUGCACUUCACCGAGAAUCUGCUGCGGGUGGGCAGCGCCCUCCUGGAUGCAGCCAACCAGCGGCACUGGGAACUGAUCCAGCAGACGGAGGGUGGCACCGCCUGGCUGCUCCAGCACUAUGAGGCCUAUGCCAGUGCCCUGGCCCAGAACAUGCGGCACACCUACCUAAGCCCCUUCACCAUCGUCACGCCCAACAUCGUCAUCUCUGUAGUUCGCCUGGACAAGGGGAACUUCGCUGGGGCCAAGCUGCCCCGCUACGAGGCGCUGAGAGGGGAGCGGCCCCCGGACCUUGAGACAACGGUCAUUCUGCCCGAGUCCGUCUUCAGAGAAACGCCCCCCGUGGUCAGGCCCGCGGGCCCUGGAGAGGCCCAGGAGCCAGAGGAGCUGGCACGGCGUCAGCGGCGGCACCCGGAGCUGAGUCAGGGUGAGGCGGUGGCCAGUGUCAUCAUCUACCGCACCCUGGCCGGGCUGCUGCCCCAUAACUAUGACCCAGACAAGCGCAGCCUGAGAGUUCCCAAACGCCCUGUCAUCAACACGCCUGUGGUGAGCAUCAGCGUCCAUGACGACGAGGAGCUUCUGCCCCGUGCUUUGGACAAGCCAGUCACGGUGCAGUUCCGGCUGCUGGAGACAGAGGAGCGGACGAAGCCCAUCUGUGUCUUCUGGAACCAUUCGAUCCUGGUCAGUGGCACAGGUGGGUGGUCAGCCCGAGGCUGCGAAGUCGUCUUCCGCAACGAGAGCCACGUCAGCUGCCAGUGCAACCACAUGACGAGCUUCGCUGUGCUCAUGGACGUGUCCAGGCGGGAGAAUGGGGAGAUCCUGCCACUGAAGACGCUGACCUAUGUGGCCCUAGGGGUCACCUUGGCUGCCCUACUGCUCACUUUCCUCUUCCUCACUAUUCUGCGUGCCCUGCGCUCCAACCAGCACGGCAUCCGACGGAACCUGACUGCCGCCCUGGGCCUAGCUCAGCUGGUCUUCCUCCUGGGAAUCAACCAGGCUGACCUCCCUUUUGCCUGCACAGUCAUCGCCAUCCUGCUGCACUUCCUGUACCUCUGCACCUUUUCCUGGGCUCUGCUGGAGGCUUUGCACCUGUACCGGGCGCUCACCGAGAUGCGCGACGUCAAUGCCGGCCCCAUGCGCUUCUACUACAUGCUAGGCUGGGGUGUGCCCGCCUUCAUCACAGGUCUAGCCGUGGGCCUGGACCCGGAGGGCUAUGGGAACCCUGACUUCUGCUGGCUCUCCAUCUACGAUACGCUCAUCUGGAGUUUCGCUGGCCCCGUGGCCUUUGCUGUCUCGAUGAGUGUCUUCCUGUACAUCCUGGCGGCCCGGGCGUCCUGUGCUGCCCAGCGGCAGGGCUUUGAGAAGAAAGGCCCUGUCUCGGGCCUGCGGCCCUCCUUCGCUGUCCUCCUGCUGCUGAGCACCACGUGGCUACUGGCACUGCUCUCUGUCAACAGUGACACCCUCCUCUUCCACUACCUCUUUGCUGCUUCCAAUUGCAUCCAGGGCCCCUUCAUCUUCCUCUCCUAUAUGGUGCUUAGCAAGGAGGUCCGGAAAGCACUCAAGUUUGCCUGCAGCCGCAAGCCCAGCCCUGACCCUGCUCUGACCACCAAGUCCACCCUGACCUCGUCCUACAACUGCCCCAGCCCCUAUGCAGAUGGAAGGCUCUACCAGCCCUAUGGAGACUCAGCAGGCUCUCUGCACAGCGCCAGCCGCUCGGGCAAGAGUCAGCCCAGCUACAUCCCCUUCUUGCUGAGGGAGGAGUCCACACUGAACCCUGGCCAAGGGCCCCCUGGCCUGGGGAACCCUGGUGGCCUAUUCCUGGAAGGUCAAGACCAGCAGCACGAUCCAGACACAGACUCCGACAGUGACCUGUCCCUGGAAGAUGACCAGAGUGGCUCCUAUGCCUCUACCCACUCAUCAGAUAGCGAGGAGGAGGAAGAGGAGGAGGAGGCAGAGGCCACCUUCUCUGGAGAGCCGGGCUGGGACAGCCUGCUGGGGCCUGGGGCGGAGAGACUGCCCCUGAACAGUACCCCCAAGGAUGGGGGCCUGGGGCCCGGGAAGGUCCCCUGGCCAGGAGACUUUGGGACCGCAGCAAAGGACGGUGGUGGCAACGGGGCCUCUGAGGAGCGGCCGCGGGAGAAUGGAGAUGCCCUGCCUCGGGAGGGGUCCCUGGGUCCCCUUCCAGGCCCUUCUGCCCAACCUCACAAAGGCAUCCUCAAGAAGAAGUGUCUGCCCACCAUCAGUGAGAAGAGCAGCCUCCUACGUCUACCCCUGGAGCAGGGCACAGGGUCUUCCCGGGGCUCCUCAGCCAGCGAGGGCAGCCGGGGUGGGCCCCCUCCCCGCCCUCCACCCCGGCAGAGCCUCCAGGAGCAGCUGAAUGGGGUCAUGCCCAUCGCCAUGAGCAUCAAGGCAGGCACGGUGGAUGAGGACUCGUCAGGCUCCGAAUUUCUCUUCUUUAACUUCCUGCAUUAACCCUGGGCCGGUGGUUCCUACACCCUGAGGCUCCCUUACGCUCCCCAGCUGCACUCACGCCCC